AAAAUAAUAGUAUAUAAUAAGUUAGGCCCUUUCCAUGCCAACCAAUCCUUUAAGGCAGCUGCCCUUGAAACUCUCUCUGUCUCUCUUUCUAUUCCUCUCAAGUCUUAUAAAUAGAUCCAUAAUUUCAUUCUCCAAACAUCACAACUCUACAACAACUCCAAAAAUCUUCUUAAUCACUCCAACUCUCAACCCUAUUUUCUCUUUGAAUUUUCAAAAAAUUUCCAAGAGAAAAAUGGAGUCAAUGAACAAGAAGUCCAUGAUGGUGUUGUUGAUGGUUGUGGUGAUGAUGGCCUUAUUCUCAGCCAUCCCAAUGGCCUCAGCUGCCGAUGCACCAGCCCCAAGCCCCACAUCCGAUGCCACCAAGUUCAUCCCAGCCUUCUUUGCAUCUCUUCUAGCUUUGGCUUUUGGCUUAGUCUUCUAAGCUCAUCUUCAUCACCAUUUUUCAUUCAAUUUUUUUUGCUUAGAUAUGUAUACACCACUAUAUUUAUCUAUGCAUAUUCUUCAAUAAUAUUUCAUGGUGGGGGCUUAGUUUCAACUUUUGUUAAUAAUGGGAUUGUUGGAUUUUUUGUUGUGGAUGUGAUUCAUCUAGUGGAAUAUUAUAUAA